AUGGCUGAUGUACCUGAUGUAGUUUGUGAAAAUAUGUGGUUUCAGCAGGAUGGUGCUUCACCUCACAACGCUAAUGUCGUUAAGGAUCAUUUGAACCAGCAGUAUCUGUCACAAUGGCUUGGUACAAAUGGUCCAAUCAAAUGGCCUCCACGAUCUCCUGACCUGACUCGGUUGGACUGUUUCUUGUGGGGUUAUUUAAAAGACAAGGUGUUCGAGCAACAAUCGACAUCCUUGAUAGACUUAAAAGAACGUAUUACUACAGCAUGCCGUACAGUAACAACAACAAUGUUGAAAUCUGUCAUGGAUUCAAUCAUACAGAGAUAUGAAAAAUGUUUAGAAAACGAUGGUGGGCAUUUUGAAAAUUUAUUGUAG